UUUUCGAUGCCGUCUAUAGAAUAACGGUAUCCGUAGUAAAAAUCUUUGCGUUAUCGAAUCGUUUCCUUCGUAGGCUGCGGCCGUCUGCGGUCUUCUUUGAUAUUUUGUGCGUAAACCCGGGUCGAUGAACGAAUUCGGCCGAAGAAUGAGGAAUAAUUAUGCAAUAUGGAAUAAUAAUGGUUAUCUCUAGUGAACUUAUUCGAAAAAGAAUGAAGCACGGGUUAAAUAUGAGGCGUAGAAUGGAUUUUACGGCGGGAUAGCGUGUUGUGUUUGUUUUUGGUGUUUCGGUGGAAACGAUGGCUACCUCUCCUACAAGUAUAGAAACACAAAUAGACAGUUUUUUGGAGCAAUUCAAGAGAAGCGCUUCGAAGGCUAUGGAAGAACGUGUUGACUGGCCUGAUGGACCUUCACCUGGGGCUGUGGUGAAGUCGAGGAGUAGCUGCUUUGCUUUAGACGCAGCGGCAGAAGCAGAAUGCGACGGUUGCAGCAGCGAGGGCGACGAGGGCCGCAGCAUCGGCGAGCUGCUGCUGCCUCAGUACACCCUGGCCACGGGCGGGCUGGCCAAGGACCACCGGCCGCUCAUCACCUUCCCCGACAACAACAACUUCCACCUCGUCUCCGCGCAGGAGUACCGCCGGCUGCUGCUCUACCUCACGUCUGUGCCCUCAUUACUUGAAGCUGAUAUGGGCUUCCAUAUUAUCAUAGACAGAAGGAAAGACAGGUGGAAUUCUGUGAAGACAGUGUUACUUCGAAUCUCCGAGUUUUUCCCUGGAAUCAUCCACGCGGUAUACGUGCUGAGGCCAGCCAGCUUCCUCCAGAAGGCCUUGUCUGAGGUCAGCAGCAAACUCUUCAAGGAGGAGUUCAGGUUUCGGGUGCACGUGUGUUCAUCCAUCGACGAGUUGUACGAGUACUUCGACAGAUCUCAGCUCACGCCCGACCUGGGCGGGGAACUACAGUAUUCACAUUCAGAGUGGAUACAACAGCGAAUAGCCUUAGAAAAGUUUUCGACUCUUAUGAAGGAAAUAUCGAGUAAACUAGAUAACUUUAUGCACGAGAUAGUGGACUGCGAUAUGGGAAACGAUCCCACACAAACCAAAGAAUUGUUAGACUCUCAAGAAACUAGGUAUAAAGCUUUAAAAACGGAACUAGCGUCAGCAACAACGCAGGGCGAAGAAUUGUUGACGCAAGUGCGAAAACCAAAUCUUACUUAUAAUAUUAUUAGUCAUGUUGCUGCUGUUGAAAGAUUAUUGGUGCAACUUGAAGAGACUGAAAAACAAUUUGAUAAUUUCUGGCAGAAACAUUCCACGAAAUUAAAUCACUGGUUAAAAUUUAGAACGUUUUUAUUAAACUUUAAACAAAUGCAGGCGACUUUAGACGGCCAUCUAAAGACAGCGUGCGACAUGACCGAAGUGGGCGAGACUGCGAUCAGAGUGGACAACCUUAUACAAGAGGCCAACGACUUCGAGAAGCUUUGCAACUGUGACCUGGACACCGCUUCUUCUGUGAUUGAUGAUGGUGAGAAACUAAUGCAAGAUCCCCUAAGUUCUGUGGACCAUAUAGAGUCGAAGUGUGAAGAGUUGAGGAGAACGAGUGCUUUGCUCAUAGACAAGAUUCAGAAGAGAAAUAUGUUAUUAACAAAGGCGAGAGAACUUAUGGACAGGAUCGAUAAGGCGAACGAAUGGUGCGCGACGGGUGUUGAGCUGCUAGCAGGGGAGGGUGGUCUGAUAGCCGUGGACAAACUGCUGGAAGACGCCAAGAGCUUCGGGCUGACGGCUCCCGAGCAGUUCCGGGAGAUGCUGAUGCAGACCGCCACGCAGGAGACGAGGGCGUUGGUCACUCAGGUGGCCCAACGCGUAGAAGACGUCUGGCUGAUGGUCUCCGUGAAGAGAGCCACUCUCCAGCGAGCAGCUGCCAAGCCAGCCCGGCCGGUGCAGUCGGUGCCGCCCCAGAGCGCCGCCCUGGCCACACCAGCCAACCACCAGAUGGAAACGUCAGGAGGUUCAGAGAGCUCCGGCGGCGAAGAUGCGGAAGCACGGCGGUCCCGGCGAGGACAUGUUCUGGCCGAGCUGCUGCAGACAGAACGGGUCUACGUGCAGGAGCUGGGCUCCAUCCUCAACCCUGUGAUGACGUCAGGAGGUUCAGAGAGUUCAGGCGGCGAGGACGCGGAGGCGCGGCGGUCCCGGCGUGGACAUGUUCUGCCCGAGCUGCUGCAGACAGAAAGAGUCUACGUGCAGGAGCUGGGCUCCAUCCUCAACCCUGUGAUGACGUCAGGAGGUUCAGAGAGUUCAGGCGGCGAGGACGCGGAGGCGCGGCGGUCCCGGCGUGGACAUGUUCUGCCCGAGCUGCUGCAGACAGAACGGGUCUACGUGCAGGAGCUGGGCUCCAUCCUCAACCCUGUGAUGACGUCAGGAGGUUCAGAGAGUUUAGGCGGCGAGGACGCGGAGGCGCGGCGGUCUCGGCGUGGACAUGUUCAGGCAGAACUGCUGCAGACAGAACGGGUCUACGUGCAGGAGCUGGGCUCCAUCCUCAACGACUUACAGAGGGGACUGAAUGAGAUCAACACCUGGCUAAACAAAUGGCAAAUAAAGGCAAGUGCAGCUAAAUCCAUGCACAUAACAUUCACCCUCAAAAGAGGGGAUUGUCCACCGGUUCAUCUUGGGGAUAAUACUCUGCCUCACACCGACCGAGUAAGAUAUCUCGGUAUGCACCUCGAUCGCAGAUUGACAUGGAAAUACCAUAUUAAGGCAAAGAGAGAAGAACUCAAUAUUAAAUACAAGUCGCUGCUCUGGCUUCUCGGACGCAACAGUAAACUCUCCACAGACAACAAGUUGCUAAUCUACAAAUCCAUACUGAAACCCAUCUGGAUGUACGGAAUACAGCUGUGGGGUAGUGCAUGCAACUCAAACCUCUCCAUGAUACAGAGGCUUCAGAAUAUAAUUCUGCGUACCAUAUCAUGUGCCCCAUGGUUAGUUACAAACACCGAGAUCCACGAGGCCCUGCAGAUGAACACAGUGUUGGAGGAAAUACGAUCCACUGCAGAAAGCUACCAAGAACGGCUGGCCCUGCACCCCAAUGAGCUGGCUUCGGAACUGCUCCAAAAAAGCUAUAGCAAACGCCUCAAGAGGCAUGACAUCCUGAGUCUGCACUGGAGAGUGUAG